GCAACCAUUGAAAUGCGCUCUUCAUUGACUUAGCAAUGGUGAACAAGGUUGAGUAGUGUUACUAUUGCAAUUGUGCGGUUGAAAUAUGUAUUUUUUACAAGUUAUCAAAUACUUAUAGAGCUGAAAUUAUGUGAAAUAUCUUCAGAAGCCGAGGCAAUGACUCCAGAACGUCCGUGGCGCCGCGAAGCACUGCUAGCGUAGCUGCUGCGCGCCCGCCAACGGCAACUCGGUCCUGAAACGGCGCAUGCGCGCGCCGGGCGCUCCUGGUGGGGGAGGUCACGUGACCUGCAGGGCGCUGCCUCCGGCAGUUGCGCAUGUGUGGGCUUAACACAUGGUUGUGGUUCGUGCCGUGGUGAUUCGCGGACUGGAGUUGUCGGGCGAACCUUACGUUCGAGACCUCAGCACAGGUGAUGUGCCUCCUUCGUUGUGCAGAAAUUCACACACGUGAUAAACAUCACUGUUUACGUGAAAUCAAGGCAGCAUGGUGUCGGCGGCGGCGGUGGGCGGCGCUCGGCAGGGUGGUCGCGUGUGACGGUCGGCGGGCGGCCAUGGUGGUGUGGUGGGCGGCGCGCAGGCGCCAGUGCCUGCUGCUGCUCGCCGGGCUGCUGCUCGUGCCCUGCUCGCUGCUCGUCCUCGUCUCCGGACCAGACGUGAGCGCCGAGCAGGCGCUGGUGUCGCGGCUGGCGGAGCUGCAGGCGCGGCUGCAGCACCUGGAGUCGCAGCACCGGGCGCGCCAGGAGGAGGUGCGCGCGCUGGCGCAGCCGCUGGCGGCGCUGCUGGACGCUGGCGCCAGCGCGAACGCCAGCGGCGGCGGCGGCUCGGGCCAGGGGCAGGGGCUGGGCGCGCUGGCGGCGCCGGAGCUGCGCGCGCUGCUGUCGGGCGCGGGCAACGCCAGCUCCGCGGCCGGCCAGGGCGCCGGGCCGCCGCUGCGCCUGCCCUCCGCCUUCCACUUCCUGCCGCACCUGCUGGACGCCGCCGGCUCUCUACGGCCCGCCUACUGCCUCUCGAAGGGCCGCGUCGGCGUGUCAAUGGUUAUGGGAGUCCCGACUGUGCGGCGUCAGGUGCAGAGCUACCUGCUGGCCACGCUGAAGAACCUGGUGGACAGCAUGAGCCCACAGGAGGCCAACGAUAGUCUCAUCAUUGUCUUUGUUGCUGAGACAGAUCAAGAUUACGUCUUGCAGGUUGUUAGACAACUUGAAUCGCAGUUCCCAGAACAGCUGGAGACUGGCUUGUUAGAGCUAGUGUCACCACCUGCCACCUACUACCCAGACCUGGAUGCUCUGAGGACCACACUGGGAGACCCUCCGGAACGUGUGCGGUGGCGCACCAAGCAGAACCUCGACUUUGCCUUCCUCAUGAUGUAUGCCCAGCCCAAGGGUACCUUUUAUGUCCAGCUUGAAGAUGAUAUUCUGGCCAAGAAUGGUUUUGUCUCCACAAUGAAAUCAUAUGCACUUCAGAAAAUUUCCGAAAAGGCGCCGUGGUUUGUGAUAGAAUUCUGCCAGUUGGGUUUCAUAGGCAAGAUGUUCAAAUGUGUCGACCUGCCCUGGCUGGUGCAGUUCUUCCUGAUGUUCUAUAAUGACAAGCCAGUGGAUUGGCUGCUGGACCACCUCAUUUCCACAAAAAUCUGCAACCUCGAUAAGGAUGCUAAACACUGCAAAAAGGCAAAGUCACAGUUGUGGCUACAGUAUAAACCAUCACUGUUCCAGCAUAUUGGUACACACUCCUCACUCAAGGGAAAGGUGCAAAAACUCAAAGAUAAGCAGUUUGGCCGGGUGGCACUGUUUUUCCCACACAAGAAUCCAGAAGCGUCAGUGAAGUCUGGUAUCAAACAUUACAAGCAGUACAGCUUGGCUCGGGCAUAUGCGGGUGAAACUUUCUUUUGGGGGCUCCUGCCUCAGCCUGGAGACCAGCUUACAUUCACCUUCAGGAAACCAAUUCUAAUCAAACGAUACCUGUUCAGAAGUGGGAAUGCAGAACAUCCCUCAGACCGUUUUUACAACACGUCUGUAGAAGUUCUACCAGAAUCUAGUCAAAAUACCCUCAGCAAAAGCGAUUACAAUUCCACAUCUGAUGGAUAUAUUAUUGUUGGCCAGUUCGAUAGUAUGGGUGUGGCAGAGGGUGCCGUCAACACGCAGCUGGGUCCAAUCCGCACCUUGCGCCUCAGCGUACACAGUGACAGUGAGAACUGGGCCAUCCUCAGUGAGAUCCACGUGGUGGCAGGCAGCUGACACAAGCGUCGGAAGGACCACAGCUUCUGUUGGUCAUCUCAGGGUCUGGAGAAGCCCGGCACCAGCAGCACAACAGCUCUGUAGCCGGCCCUUGCUCAGCUAGUGAUCUUCAUGACUUUCUUCUCCUGAGACAGUCUGUCUUUGACAGAUACAGCACACACAGACAUGUUAACUCAUUUUUGUGCUUGUUGUGUGGCUGUGAGCAGCUCAGCUUUCUCUGUAUUGAGAUGAGCUGGUGAGUGGUGGGACUCUACAUGGCUUCACUGGUUCUGACAAUAGAAUUCAUCUAAGCGAACAAUGUGACUGGCUUUUUAUACCUUUUUGUAUUUUCUCUUGCUGGAUGUUACACCCUUAGGAAAAAUAAUUACAAUGGCCUAUUAUGUUUUAAAAAGUUUGUGGAACACUUCACGUUUUGUCAUUCUUUUCAAUGUCUUAAUGGUUUGUAUCUUACUGACUUCUGACCAGUUAUGUACACACUGGUAAAUUUUGUUGCAAUACUGGAGUCCAUAAAUGAGAACGGCAUGUGUUUAGUCCUCAUGGAUAAAUGGAAAAUGAUAAAGAAAAACCGUUGCUCAAUUAAAGCUUCUGUCAUAUCAGCUAUGCUGAGAGUAUAAGUAAAUUUGUCUGCUUUCUUACUUGUAUAUCUUUCAUUGGCUUGGUGUAUUAAUCGUGGUUAAUAUACAA